AUGUCCUUUGCAGAAGUGCUCCUCUCAACAUGUCACCUUAGGCAGCAGCAGUUGCAGAAGUUUGUGGAGCAGCACAAGAAGGAGUUGCAAGAGCAGGCAGAGAUUUCUCGCGAAGAGAUCGAUUACUUGAAGCGCAAGAAUGACGAGAAAGAGAAGCGACUUGAGAUCCUGACAUGCGAGCGGAAUGCCCUCCGCUACGAAAGUGCAGAGGCAACUUCCAGCAAGCCGGGGCGUGUCGCUCCAAAGACCGAAGCUUCCGAGAAGCAACUGGUCGAUUUGGAAGAUGGCUUGUCACUCAAGGAGGUUCUGUCUGGAAAGGAGCCAGGUGCUGGUGGUGCUGUGAAGGCUGUGGAUUUGAAAGCCAAUUG